AUGGCCGCAUCUGGGGGUAAUAUUGAGUGGUCUACUACUGUUAAACCAAUUUUAACGGCGCUUUAUGGCCCAUUUUUCGAUAAAAACGAUGCAGUGGAAAUUAUUCAAGCUAUAAUUAAAAGUGAAAGUGAAUUCCAAAACCAUGAAGACAUUAAUGACCUGUUCUACACAUGUUUUGCAUGCCUUUCUGCACAUUUUAUCAGCACUAAUGCAAAUAAUUUACCAGUUGACCAGUUGAGUAUUGCACGAGAUGCAUUCAGGAUUAUUUUACAACAAAUUCUCAAGAAGCUCUCUGAAGUUGGAUCGACCUAUGAUGAGACUACUACAACUACGGCCGCCCCAAAUGUUUCAGUUAAACAGCUGCUUUUACCAAUUGUUGGUCUAUGUGGCAUUGACGGAGGCGGCUAUCCUCAAUCUGAUUUAGUAAUUUUGACAUCUCUGCUGAAAAAUGCCAAAUUACCUGCGCAUGUUAAUGUAUCAGAAACUCAAACCACAAAGUCAUCUGUGUUGCCAAGUUCUAUCACAUCUCUUGCUUCACAAAAUUCUAACAAUGAGAAGGCGCCAUCAAACGCUCAACGCCGCUCCGAUGCGCUUCUAGAGCAGUUAACUAUGCCCUUGAGAAACCCUGUCACUUCGAUACCUUCAGCACAGGUUCAACCAACUACAGCAGUUCUGUCUCCCGGAAGUAAGGACAGCUUGGAAAGUUCAAAAGAAGGAAAUGCCAACCAACAGGCAUCAAUUGAUAUGAAGAAGUGGGUAGCAUCAACAUGUGCAUCUUUAUUGAUGGAGCAUCGAGCUGGUAUCACCAUGCUGAAGGUGUGCUCUUCUUUGCCUUGCCUGCAACGGUAUCUUAAUCGGUGGCAAAUGGCUAAGGAAUCAGCUCUCACACCCCAGUUUAACUCUGAUGCUUCACUCCUUCAUUUCCUGGUUAACGAGGUGCUCGUCUGCCGGCUAGCGCUAUCACUUCCAUGCCUGGAGCCGUUCUCACCAGAUCGCAUUGCGACCCUCAGCGACGUCGCCACCGCAUGGCUUUUCUGUGCCACCGCUCAGGCGUCUCUGCAUCCCAAAGAUGAGGAGAGUGAGCAACAAACAGCUACGCUGGUGGAAAGUGCACUCAGCUUGUACAACACUGUUGGGGAAACAUUCAAGCAGUCUACUCGUGCUGGUGGUUAUGUAUACCAAAACCACCUUAUGAUCGGCGCCUGGGUGCUGCUCUGCGGUCUACACCACGCGCUCGCUGGGGCUCCUUGCCCAUCUUCGGUGCCGGGCAGAAGCCCAGCCAAAGUACCAUCGAGGCCCUACAAUCUGACCAAAAUGCAACAGGGUCUCGGCGUGGUGUGGGUCGCGCUGGGCGGGCGGUGCUUGGCGUGGAGCGGCGCGCUGCUCUGCGACGCGCGCCUCGAGGCGCUCGGCGGCAACGGGCACGACUGCACGGACACGUGCCCCGCGCAGCUGCACAUCCUCGACCACCACUCGGCGCACGAGCGGGAGCUGCGGCUCGCACACGCCGCGCCCCUGCACCAGCUGUUCGUGGCGUUGGGCGUGGUGUGCUAUCGAAAGGCGACCAACUUGAAGCGUGCCGUGGUGCAGAAGCAACAUCAGGACGCCGACAGAGACCGCUCGGACUCCACUGUCUACUUCCAGGACAUGAUACUCUGCUCCGAGGAUUCUGAAACCGACGAUGAAGACAGCGAACCGCUAUUCGGGCUGUGGUUCGAGUCGACGCUGGUGGCGCCGGACGCGGCGGAGGCGGCGGCGGCGCGCACGGCAACCGACGCGAACGACAACACCGACGUACCCGCCAGGCCCCACGCCAUAGUGCCCGACAAGGCGGAGCCCUACUCGUACAUAACACUGGCAACAGAAGCGUUUACUCUGCUGAACGAGGAGAUUAUCAGCGAGGGUUCUGAGCGUUUGGGCGCGGCCGCCGUCCAGCUGCACGACGCACACCAGGUGCUGCUCGCCGCCCUUGCCAAGGACCUAGAUAGGGAGACAGCGCGCACUGAUACGGGCACCAUAUCGUCGUGCUUCGGGCCGCGGCUGGGCGCGUUGUACGCGGCGUUCAGCUCGGCGCUGGUGUGCUACUUGCACAACCUGAGCGGCUCCCCCGCUUUCGCGGCGCUGCAGCCCGUGCUGCACCAGCAACUGGCGGCCGCCGGCACCGACCGCACCAACAUCACACCGCUUCAGGUGGGACCGCGUGUCGUGAAACUCCUGGGCAGCAUAGUCCUAAGCAAAGCGGCGGCCGACCGCGAAAAUAGCAUUCUAGUGAUGUGGCACAAGAUUGUCAACACGUUGCAAGAAUGCGCUCUGCAACAGCAGCCAGCGCAAGACCAUGAUUACGAAGAUUUGAAUGUCGAACAUGCUCAGCUGUUGGUUUACUUGUUCCAUUCGCUGACAUUGAUGCAGAAAAAAUCUGUUCUGCUCAUGACUUCCAAUGCCAUUAUAAAAGUGGUGGAAACACUAGCUAUAAGCGACCGGAAGCGCGCAAUGACCUUGGCUCCGCACCAGCUCAUGCUGACUACUCGGCUAAUGCUAUUAUUAGAAUAUCUCAUGCGGCACCUCUAUGACGCACCGCAGACGUUGCUGCAACAGAUCGAGUGGAACCUUGUGAUCGCGCCCGGUCUAUCUCAAUCCACACCCGACACAGCCGCAAAUAGCGCAAAGAAUACCGCAGACAACGGACAGAUGAAGUCACGCAUAUACUGCGAAGUACCCUACAUCGAGCAAGCGUACAGACGCUUCUCGCAAGAUGAGACAUCGAUGAGGCCGAAAUUCUAUGCUUUGACCAGUGCCGAGAUAAACAAUCAGGAGAAUCCGAAGUUCGACGGGCUGGCGUGCAAUUUUGUGCUGGGCACGCCGCACAAGCUCAAGUACCCACUGCUUUUGGAUGCGUUGCUGGCGCUGCUUAAUUCGUCGUGCAUCUGCGACAACCCGCAGUACAACUCCUCGCCCACCGCGCUCGCUGCUGCUCACUACUGCUUCCAAACUGCGUGGAGGUUGGUGAUAAGCAUGCCACCGGCUACUCCUCACAUGGACAAGCUGCAGGCGGGCACCAAAGCGGAGCUGGCGUCGCCGCUGCCUCUGCAUGCGGUCGUCUGGGCUCCAAGAGCCGACAACAAGAAGGUCUUCAACCCCUGGCUCAAGGACGCGCUCGUCAAGCAGGGCAUGUACACGCAAUAUGCUGAAAAUUUGUUAGCUGGAGUGAGUGCAUCAUGUGAUAAUAUAAAGUACACAGCAUGGCUUGCAUCAGAAACUAUCAAACAUCUCAAACAAAAUAUAACACCGAGUGGUUUACCAUCUCUGCUUGACGUGAUCUCCUGCGAUUCUGCUUUAGUGAGACUAAAAGUUUGCCUGGCUGAUACGACGUCGGCAGCAGAAGCGCACCAGUUUAUGCCCAAUCUUUUGGAUCUAUUAACCACCAUAUUAGAUUGCUGUCGCCUGAGCGCCGGCGUGGAGCUGGACGGCGCCGCGGAGGGCGCGAGCAACGCGUCCGAGGCGGCCGUGAGCGCGGCGCGGCUGGCGGUGUGCGGCGCGGGGGCGGGGACGGGCGCGGCGGCGGGAGCGCCCGCGCUCUGCGCCUGGCUGCGCGCGCACCUGCCGCCCGCCGCCGCCGCAGCGCUCGACCGCCUCGCCACACCGCCGCCCCUCACCUGCCUCAAUCUGGCAUUCUACGCAUCGCACAUCAUUCCAUCGGAGAGUGCGGUGCUGAACUUGGUAUCGUCGCACUGCGAGCUCAUGAGCGCCAACAGCAAGUACUCGAUUGGCCCGUCCCUGAUGAUGUUGGCCUACUCCGCCGCCAAGCUGCUCGAGAUUGGUGCGCCCAAGCUUGCCGACAACGCCAAACUCACCAAGAAGGCGAUUGGAUUGAUUGUGCCUGCAUUGACCGAUGGAAGAUUGGAGUUCUUAUCUGAACCGCUAAACGCGACUUUGAACAUCCUAGUGCCGCAAACAUCGUCGGCGGAGCAGUUGAUACACGAGCACAUCUUGAAAACGACCUAUACCGUUCUCGUGGAUCACUUGCAGCCAUCUACCGAGAAAACUUUACGUCAUAUGGUCAGGUACUGGGAGAAGAUUCUAGAUCGGUCGGCCGGAAGGAAGGCUUACGAAGCUGUUUUCUGCGAGGACUCUAAUUAUACUCUCGGCAAAAUACUUCUUACGGCUCCAAAUGCGAGAAGCCCAUAUACAGAGAGAGUAAUUAAGUUAUUCAUCAAGAUAUUUACAUGCUGUGACAAAGCCGAACUCAACUUGGCCCUGUGUAUUUCGGUUUGCAAAUCCAUUGGCAUGGCUGACCAGCAAAAAUUGGCCAAUUUGCUGUCACACAUUUGCUUAACAACAUCUGGUUCGACGGCGUCGAACGGCACGUCGGGCACGGCGAACGGCACGCCCACCGAGGCGGAGCUGGCGACGCCGACGUCGAGCGUGCCGGACGCCGGCGGGAACCCCGCCUCGCUCGCGUUCCGCAACGCGCUGCGCAGCGUGUUCCGCUCCGACAGCGAGCCGGCGCAGCGCAGCGAGGCCGAGCUGCCGGUCUUCGACGCCCCGUCUCCUGCGCCGAGGGCUCAAUCCGAUACCGCCCAACAAUCAGGAAACUCAGAAAGCUGCAGCUGGUCGGACGGUAGUAAAGAUAGUGCGGGCGUUGCGCUAGCGGAAGCCGUACCCACACAACUCGCUGACUCUUCGAACGACAACGCAACGCUGCUCUCCGCACUCUGCAAACAUAUAGUCAACCACUGCAGCGAGGAGGUGAGCGAGCGGGUGCUGUGCGCUCUGGUGGGCGUGUGCGGCGAGGGCUGCGCGCCGCUCAUGCUGCGCGAGCUCUGCCGGCUGGCGGACGCGCACUCUGGCGCCGACCACAGGCUGCUCUUCCCCGCCGCAGUGGGCUGGCUCGCCGCAUGCGUGGACAACCUCAGCAGCCCCGAAGUGCUGGAAAAAUUAGAAGAAGGACAGGUUGAUGGCACGCUCACACCGCAAAUUGAAUCAGCGUGCGUUUUGCUGUCGUAUCUAGCCGAUGCUCUUCACGCAGUUAACACAUCGCCUCCGCAAGCUUGGCGUUCUGUUAGUCCAACGUGGGAGUCGCCGUCGGACCUCGGAUUUGAUUUAGACUACACUGACGAGCAACAAGACGAUGACGACACCAGCGCUGACGAUUCCGACGAAGACGCGAUGCUCCAGUACAAGCUGUGCACGUUCACGGUGACGCAGCGCGAGUUCAUGAACCAGCACUGGUACCACUGCCACACGUGCAAGAUGGUGGACGGCGUAGGCGUGUGCACUGUCUGCGCCCGCGUCUGCCACCGCGGCCACGACGUCUCCUACGCCAAGUUCGGUAACUUCUUCUGCGACUGCGGCGCCAAGCCCGACUCCAGUUGCCAAGCGCUGGUGAAGCGGUCGGUGACAUUGGGCGGUGCCCGCACUGGAACCGGCUCGGAGGAGACUCCGCCCGCUCCGUCACUGCGCCGUCGACCCUCCAGCCCAACACCACCGGCCUAUCUGGCCCCGCCGCGACGCCCCGCACUCGCCACCAAUAUACAAGGGAGCCGGGCGUACCUGUCGUCGUACGGCGCGUGGGGCGCGUGCGUGGAGCGCGUGCGCCGGCUGCUGGGCGCGCUGGCGGCGCCGGUGCGCGCGGCGUGCGAGCGCGGCGCCGCCGUGGGCGCGCACGGACGCGCACAGCGCGCGCUCGCCCAGCUGCACCUCGGCGUCAAGCGAUUCGUGCACACCGACACGCUCAUGCUGCCCACCCUGGGAUCCCAAGAGGGCGCUUUCGAGAAUGUUCGCAUGUCGUACACCGGGGAGAACGGCCAAACUAUCCGACAGUUGAUGACGGCGCACAAGCUGCGCCGCGUUGCCAUGUGCUGCCUCGCGUCACCGCAUGGACGGCGCCAACAUCUGGCGGUUUCGCACGAAAAAGGAAAAAUCACCGUCCUGCAACUGUCUGCGCUUUUAAAGCAAGCGGACUCGUCAAAACACAAGCUGACGCUCACCCGUCUGUCCUCUGCGCCGAUUCCUUUCACUGUGCUCAGCCUGAGUGGCAAUGCUUGGAACGAAGAUUUACUCGCAGUGUGUGGCCUCAAAGAGUGUCACGUUCUUACUUUUAACAGUGGUGGUGCUGUGGCAGACCACCUUGUAUUAAACACUGGGCUUGAAGGGAAUAACUACGUUAUAAAAGCAAUCUGGCUGCCUGGCUCGCAGACGCAGUUGGCGCUCGUUACAUCCGAUUUUGUCAAGAUUUUCGAUCUAAGCAAAGACCUCAACAACCCUAUGCACCACUUCCUCGUACCCAGUGGAAAGGUUCGCGACGUAACUUUCGUGAAUCAAGAAGAUAUAAUGCAUAUGCUUUGCAUGAGCUCGGCCGGACAUAUCUAUUGGCAGCCAAUGAGUGAAGAGUCACGCGCCACUCUCGGCACCUUUUAUGUCACUAAUACUCUUGAAGUAUUACAUCCCGAAAUACAGGACGUCGCUGGUUUAGUUGGCGGCGGUGGCGUCUCUAUUUAUUACUCUCACACGCUCAAGAUGCUGUUCUUCUCUUACGCGCAAGGAAAGAGUUUUCUGGCGCCGCUAAACACCGUAGAAGAAAGCGUAAAACGAACUGCGAUGAUAACACUGUCGGCGUCCGCAUCGCAAAAGGAGGGCGGUGGGCGCAGUGGCAAGCAAAGCAGUGUGCAGUCGCUGUGCCAGUGGGCGGAAGUUCCCGGACACCCGGGCCUUGUUACCGCUGUCAUGCAGGCCUCCAAUAAUCCCGUUGUGCUGAUGCUUACUCCAACCACAAUUUACGUGCAAGAGAUUAAGAUCGUGCCGGCCAAGGCGAAGAUAACGGACAUGGUCGCGGUGCGCCACUGGUGCGGCGGCGGGGGCGAGCAGAAGAGCACGCUCAUCCUGCUCUGCGAGGACGGCAGCCUGCGGAUGUACGCCGCCAGCGCGGAGCACACCGGCUACUGGCUGUCGCCCGCCAUCCAGCCGACGCACGCGCCGCGGCGGCGCCCGCGCGCGCUCACGCACCACGCCAAGGGGAAGGCGCAGCAGACUGCCACGAAAUCUAACGCAAACGGAGCUACUCAAUUCCCGAUCGAUUUCUUCGAGCAUUGCGUCGCAAUGACGGACAUAGAAUUCGGUGGCAACGACCUGUUGCAAGUGUACAACACAGCACAGAUAAAGAAUCGCCUUAACACAACAAGUCUUUAUGUCGUGUCUACGAAAAUGAGCGGAUUCGCGAUGGAAGUCAUUAACUCGGAUCCUAAUAUGGUUAUCUGCGGUAUUAGAAUCUUAUUGGGUACCCAAGACGUUGUCCCGAACUCCAUCUUAUGUGGAGAGUCCUUACAGUCUGACAAGAAAUUGGUUAUCAACUUUGGACCAUCUCAAGAUCCUGAUGGCGUUACAAUGAUCGAUUCCGUUAAGGUUUAUGGUAAAAACAAAGAGCAAUUUGGAUGGCCCGAGGAGAAUGAGGAUGCUUCUGCUUGCCCAUCCACAAGCAAGAUUGCUCAGGAGGCGGAGGGCAUGAGCGGCAUGUGGAAGCCGAGCUCGCUGGAGCGGCUGGCGUGCGCCGCGCUGGAGGCGUUGGAGCUGGCGGCGGGCGCGCCGGCCGUCGCGGCCGCGGCGAGCGGAGCGGAGGCGGGGGCGGAGGCGGGCGCUGAGGCGGCCAGGAAGCUGCUCUGCGCCCCCGCCUCCGCCCACCUGCACGCUCGGGCGCAGUGCCUGCUGCGGGCGGUGUACCAGACGCACUACCACCAGUUCAAGGACCAAGCGAUCCUGAAGUACGUGUGCACGUCGCUGAAGGAGUUGCGCGACACCGCGGACGCGCGCAACAUCGACCCCGAGGCGUACUUCCGGCUGGUGCUGCUUGCGCGCGGCGUGGCCGUGGCGCGGCCACACCACCUCGUCAAGUACAGCCCGCCCACUCCGCGCAAGCCAGACAAUGGCGACUGGUCGGCGCUGUGGAGGGGCGACUACGGGGAGGAACGGGGCGGGGGCGGGGCGGCGCACCUAUGCGCGUUGCUGUGCAGCGUGCUGUGGCGGCUGGCGGCGGUGCGCGCCUCGCCCGGCCCCGGCGGCGUGCUCGCGCACGGGCUGCGCCACGCGGACCACACGCUGCACGCGCUCGCCGACACGGUGCACGCCUUCCAGCUGCACUCGGACAGCGACGCGAUCGAUUUCGGCAACCAAAUCUACCUAUCGCUGCUUUUAGCUGAAGACCAAAUAAUAAGCUUCGGCGCCAAGGCUGCUCUCAUGAGAGUGCUGCGACCACGAGUGAAGCGACGCCGUGUAUACAUACCUUCACCGCCUACCACGCCCGGUGCCGGAUCGUCCGCGACAACUGCUCCACCUACGAGCUCAACCACAGAGGCCGUGAUAUCCGAAUCUGAUAUGAGCGCGACACGGGAAGAGCAACAGGAAAACCAGUUCAUGGACGUUGACGACGCCCUGGAACCAAUGGUGCUACUUGCACCGGAUGGAGGCUUGGAGGCGCUGCUGGACAUCCCGGCAGAUGCGGACGACGAGACAAUGGUGCAGCUGGCCAUCGCGCUCUCGCUGCAGGAGCAGCCGCGCCGCGCCCCGCCCGCCCCCUCCGCACCGCCGCCGCCAGCGCCCGGCUUCAGCGACGCCACCGCCUCGCCCACGGGGUCCGACGACGAGGGCAGCACUGCGGCCACUGACGGCAGCACGCUGCGCACCUCGCCCGCUGAGCCGCCCGGCUCGGCCGGCUCGGCCGCCUCCGACAGCGGCGGUUCGGGCGCCGACAGCAUCGGCGGCGUCUCCGGACGCUCUAGUGCUUACGGCGAAAUGAUCCCCGUUCCCACUACGGGUACGUUGCCAGCCAAUACAGUCAUCACUGCGGCUGUGGCAAUGCCAGGCCCAUCAACAUCAUCUGCCCAGCCCGUGCCUUCAACUUCCCGUAACAUAGAAGCUGAGAGCGAGACUCGCAAGCUACAUGCUCUAAGACUCUCUCUUCUCUCCGCUGCAUUGGACGCUCUGCCAACACUUCGCAAUUUACCCGAUGUACGAGCCAUACCUUUCGUUCAGGUGGUCCUUAUGCUUGCCGGAGAUCUGGACUCUAGCGUUGAGGGCGACCGAGCGGUGCUGGAUCGUCUCUUGGAACUGUUGGUGGCGGAACUGGACAUCCAGAACGAGGAGGGCGGUGCCCAGGAGCGUGGCGAGCGGCGCGAACUUCAGCUGGCCAUCAUGAGGCUGGAACUGCUGGUGUCCGAACUGGAGUCGCAGCCCGAGCAAGUGGUCCCGCCCGUGCACGAGCGCACCAACCGUCGGGAGCUGCAGCUCGUCAUUAUGCGACUCUUGAGCGUGCUGAUGGCGCGUUGGAAGAGCUGCGGCGCGGGCGCGGGCACCGGCUCGAGCGGAGCGGCAACGGCGCGCGCCGAGGUGACGGGCGCCGCGUGCGCCGCGCACGUGUCGCGGCUCGCCGCCGCGGCGCUGGUGCGCGCCGGCGCCCCGCGCCACUGCUACAACGUGCUCGCCGCGCUGCUGCCCUACUGGAAGGAGAAGACCUCAGGUACCGGCACAACGACCACCGGUCAUCAACUACUGAAACCGCAACCGCCACAACCGUUGCCCGACAUGCAACCUUUCUUUGUGAAGGAAUAUGUCAAAAGCCAUGCUCUGGAUGUUUUUGACAACUACCCGCAGUUGCUCAUGGAAAUGGCGUUACGGUUGCCGUGUCAGAUUCAUAAACACUGCGACCCGGCAAACUUUGAUGCACGCUGGCGCACUCUUCUGUGCGAGUACAUGAUGAAUCCGCAAACACCGUUGAGAAAACAAGUGCGCAAGUUGCUGUUGCUGCUGUGCGGCACGCGCGAGCGGUACCGUCAGCUGCGCGACGUGCACGCGCUGGACACGCAUCUGAACGCGGCACGCGCCCUCCUCACCACGCCCGACCCGGCCUACGACAAGCUCGUUCAGCUUAUGGACCAUCUGAAGGCGUGCGCCGAGAUCGUGAGCGCGCGCACCGGCAACUGGCAGCACACGUGCGCGACGGAGCGGCGCUCGGCGCUGCCCUGGCUGAUGACCGUCGCGAGGACGGUGCACCCGCACGUGGCGCCCACCGUGCUGCAGCUGCUGCAGGCCGCGCUCUGCGCGCCGCACCAGCCCAGACACGACGCCAAGCCAUCGACAGACUGGCCAGAACGAGAACGUAGUGCGGACAGCGAUGCCUUCGUGUCCGACGGCUCUAAGUUCCAAGAACAAAAAGUGCCUAUACUCGUGCAACAAAUUAUUAAACAGGUGUCUCACGACGAGUUAAGGAUGUUCAUCAAAGCUUUCCUUCUGGAAACCAACUCUACAGCGGUCCGUUGGCAAGCACAUGCUCUUCUUCUUGCCAUUUACAAUAACUCACCACAGCCGGAACAAGCGACACUGGUUUCUUUGUUAUGGGCGAUAUGGCCUACUCAGCCGCAAUAUGGACGAAAAUCAGCGCAGUUUGUUGACUUACUGGGAUAUUUUACACUAAAGACACCGAAUAUUGAGACUGAGAAAUAUCUGGGCAGCGCCGUGGAACUGCUGCGUCGCCAGAACGAGCUGCUGUCUUCGCACGGGAACGCGGCGCUGUACGCGUCGCUCGGAGCCUUCGUCGAGCUGGACGGCUACUACUUGGAGUCGGAGCCGUGCCUCGUCUGCAACAACCCGGAGGUGCCCAUGGCCACCAUCAAGCUGCCCACGAUUAAGAUCGACUCGAAGUUCACGACGACGACGCAGAUCGUGAAGCUGGUGAACAGCCACAUGAUCAGCCGGAUCGCGCUGCGCAUCGGCGACAUAAAGCGCGGCAAGAUGGUGCGCACAAUCAACUUCUACUACAACAACCGCACCGUCCAGGCGGUGCAGGAGCUGAAGAACAAGCCCGGCAUGUGGCACAAGGCGAAGCGCGUCCAACUCCAGUCCGGACAGUCUGAGGUGCGCGUCGACUUCCCGCUGCCGAUCGUCGCUUGCAACCUCAUGAUGGAAUACGCAGACUUCUACGAGAACCAGCAGGCGACCGGCGAAUCAUUACAAUGUCCACGGUGCUCUCAAUCUGUGCCAGCAAAUCCCGGUGUCUGCACAAACUGCGGCGAAAACGUGUUCCAGUGUCACAAGUGCAGGGCAAUCAACUACGAUGAGAAGGAUCCCUUCCUUUGCCACGCGUGCGGCUUCUGCAAGUACGCAAAGUUCGACUACACGCUGACCGCGCGGCCUUGCUGCGCCGUCGACACCAUCGAGAACGACGAGGAGCGGAAGAAGAUGGUGCAGACCAUCGGAGCCCUAUUGGACAAGGCCGAUCGGGUCUACCGGCAGCUAGUCGCCAACAAGCCCGUGCUCGAGUCUCUGGUGCACAAGAUCAGCGAGCACCGUCUGGAGACGCGGCCGGACGAGAACAGCAACGCGGCGGGCGCCUUCGGCGGGGCGCAGAUCAACCGCGUCAUACAGACGCUCGCGCACAAGUACUGCGUCGACAGCAAGGGCUACUUCGAGGACCUCUCCAAGAUCAUACAGAAGGUGCUCGCCUGCAGAAAAGAGUUGGUGACCUAUGACAGGUCCCAAAGUGAACAAUUAAAGGGAGAAACUUUGCCAGUGUAUGCUGGCCUUGUCCAGAACUACGAUGGUGAACUGACGAAAGAGUCCGGCGGCGGUUGCUACGGCUGCUCUUUGGCGAGCGCCGAGCAGUGCCUGACCCUGCUGCGCGCGCUCGCCUCCCAGCCGGAGCACCGCGAGCGCCUCUGCCGCUUCGGCCUAGUGCACGAGCUGGUGCACCACAACCUGCACAGGGGAACGCCCCAGAGUCAAGAAGAAGUCCGUGCAUUGAUAUGCCUGGUGACGCGCGAUAACCUGCCCGCCACGGAGCAGCUGUGCCAUUUGCUGUCGCAACGUAUUACGCUCUCAUUGAUGGGCCACGCCGCCUCGCAGGACCACAACAACUCUGUACGACCCUUAGUAUUGCUGUUGGGAGCCUUGGUCAAGGUUCAAGAUUCGGUCGAAUGCUGGGAAGUCAGACUUCGCUGUAUUGUAAAGCUUUGGGUGUGGUGUUGUCCGCAAUUGACUGAAGUGGCUGGAAUUCCACCGGCAGCUAGUGCCUUCCUAAAGACUGAAGCUUUGGCUGGUAUCCCCGGAAUCAAUACGUCGUCACCGAACUCGCAUCAGUUCGCGUUGCAACAAGUCGCUCUACCUUGCCUUGGUUACAUGCAACAGAUAAUGGCGCCCGCUGCACCAGCUGCAACUACCACUACUACAGACGAACAAAAUAAGGAAACUAAGCAGGAGAGCGAAUCGGCGGCGGCUGCCCCCGUGGCGACGUCCGGCGGGCUCGUGGUGGACCUGGCGUCGUGGCUCGCCGGCCGCGUGCCGCCCCGCCAGUGGGCGCGCCUCUCGGCCCGCGUGGCGCCGCUGCCGCCAGACGCGACGCUGCCGCCGCGCGACGUCCGCCUCGCGCGCAAGUACCUCGCCAAGUGGCGCGACCGCGUUCUACUGUCACACGGAAUGCGACCUCUCGCCCUAGAAGACGGAGGAUGGCUGAGGCCGGUCAUGUUUGAUCCGAGCUCGCGCAUCGCUAGGGAUACGGCCUGUCAAAUGGUCAAGUCUCUGUGCGAUUCUUAUGAACGGACUAAAGCAGUGUUGAUCUUAUUGACAAGUUUCCUGCCUGAAGUGGGAACAGCAGGGGAGGCCAGUGAGCAAUUUUUACAACUCUAUCAAACCUUAGCGUCUGAGGCCCCGUGGAAACAAUUUUUGGCGCUCAGAGGCGUUUUGCAGCAAAUCGCCGAUUUGAUGACGAAGGAGAUUGAACAACUCCAUCGAUUGGAAGAGACAACUCUUACAUCAGAUCUGUCUCAAGGCUACGCGCUGAAGCGUCUUACGGAGCUGCUGUCGAUGUUCCUGGAGGAGGCGGGCGGGCGGCGCGUGUAUAAAGGGCGGCUGGUGGGCGCCGUGCUGGGCGGCUACCUCUCGCUGCGGCGGCUGGUAGUGCAGCGCACACGCCUCACAGACGACACGCAGGAGAAGCUGCUCGAGCUACUGGAGGAGAUGACCACGGGCACCGAAACGGAGACCGCGGAGUUUAUGGCGGUCUGCAUAGAGACAGUGCAAAAGUAUCCGCUUCACGAUUACCGCACUCCGGUGUUCAUUUUCGAGCGUUUGUGCUCAAUAAUUUACCCCGAGGAAAAUGACGUUGGCGAGUUCUUCUUGACGCUGGAAAAAGAUCCCCAGCAAGAGGACUUUUUACAGGGCCGUAUGUUGGGAAACCCUUACUCUUCAUUGGAACCCGGCAUGGGCCCUCUGAUGAGGGACGUUAAGAACAAGAUCUGCACGGAUUGCGAAUUAGUGGCGUUGCUGGAAGAUGACAACGGAAUGGAGCUGCUCGUUUGCAAUAAAAUUAUGUCGCUCGAUUUGCCGGUCAAGGAAGUAUACAAAAAGGUGUGGUGCACGUCCGGGGAGGGCGUGGACGCGAUGCGCGUGGUGUACCGCAUGCGAGGGCUGCUCGGCGACGCCACCGAGGAGUUCGUGGAGACGCUCAGCCAGACCAACGCGGAGGCGGUGGACGACGAGCAGCUCUAUCGCAUGGCGAACGUUCUCGCCGAUUGCGGCGGGCUGGAGGUGAUGCUGCAGCGGCUGGCGGCGAUCCAGCGCGUGGGCCUGGCGCGCUCGCUGUGCUCGACGCUGCUGCGGCUGCUGGCGCUGUGCGCGCGCGUGCGCCGCUGCGUGCGCGUGCUCACGCGCAAGGACACGCGCGCGCUGCCCGUGCUGCUGCGCGCGCUGCAGCUCGCCGCCGAAGAGGAGCGCGACAUGCCGCGCGCGCACCUCGUCUACCAGCUGCUCGAGAUAAUGGAGCGAAUCUUAUCGGUGGCGGCUAGCGAGAGUCUGGAAUCCUUCUUGCAGUUCUCGCUCACCUUUGGAGGACCUGAAUAUGUUCAAGCUCUUCUGAACUGUACUGAGUGUCCAGGUAUACGAAACAACUCGGUGGCGCUCGGCCACCUGACCAGGGUCUUGGCGGCGCUGGUCUACGGGAACGAUCUCAAAAUGGCGAUGCUUGUGGACCACUUCAAGCCCGUACUGGACUUCGACAAACUGGACUCCGAACAGUGGACCGAGGAGGAGUUCCGAAUGGAGCUGUUCUGCGUCCUCUGCGCCAACAUCGAGAGGAAUUCAAUUGGCGGCACACUCAAGGACUACCUCAUCUCGUUGGGCGUGGUCCGCGACGCGUUGGAAUACAUCGUGAAACACGCCCCGUGCGUCAAACCAACUCUCGUGUGCACCGACUCGGACGAAUUGAAGGAGUUCAUUAGUCGGCCAGCGCUGAAGUAUAUACUGCGCUUCCUCACCGGACUUGCAACCGACCACGAGCCUACUCAGAUGCUGGUGUGCGAGAAGGUGAUACCGAUCGUGCACCGUCUCGAGCAAGUUUCUUCGGGCGAGCACGUGGGCUCCCUAGCGGAGAACCUUCUGGAAGCGCUGCGUUCGCAGCCUCAGUGCGCGGCCAAGGUGCAGCAAGUGCGCGACUUCACGCGGCAGGAGAAGAAGCGCCUGGCGAUGGCGGUGCGCGAGCGGCAGCUGGGCGCCCUGGGCAUGCGCAGCAACGAGCGGGGCCAGGUGACGGCGCAGUGCUCGCUCACGCAGCAGCUGGCCGACCUGGCCGAGGAGGCGGGCGCCGUGUGCUGCAUAUGCCGCGAGGGAUACAAGUACCAGCCCACCAAGGUGCUGGGCGUGUACACGUUCACGAAGCGCUGCCCCGUGGAGGAGUUCGAGGUGAGGGCGCGCAAGACGCUCGGCUACACCACCGUGUCGCACUACAACGUGGUGCACGUCGAGUGCCACAUGGCGGCGGUGAGGCUCGCCCGCGCCAGGGACGAGUGGGAGAGUGCGGCGCUGCAAAACGCCUCGACUAGAUGCAACGGCCUGCUGCCGCUGUGGGGGCCGCAUGUGCCGGAGUCGGCGUUCGCCAGCUGCCUGGCCAGGCACACCACGUAUUUACAGGAGUGCACCGGGCACCGUGACAUCGGGCACACGUGCACCAUCCACGACCUGAAGCUGCUGCUGCUGCGGUUCGCCAGGGGGCGCACCUUCCACGACGACACCGGCGGCGGGGGGCCCCUCUCCAACAUGCAGCUGGUGCCAGCCCUGGUGCACAUGGCGCUCUACGUCAUCAACACGACCCGUGUGGCGGCUCGCGAGGUGACAGCCCUGGAGGCGGCACUGGCCUGGCCCCCAGCGCGCUUGCUCGAAUCAGCGCACGACGCCGACGGUCCCCUAUACUUCGCCACGCUCACAUUGCUCCUCUACCCGCACGCCAAGUGGCAGUCGCUGCGCACGGCGACGCUGAGCCGGCUGCUGGUGGUGGCGCAGGCGCGGGCCGCCUCCCCCGGCGGGCCCGCGCUGCGCUCGCUGCCCGCCGACCACCGCGCCCCCAAGCAAUGGGCCGACUACAAGCCGUACGCGAUCUUCGUCGCCGUCAUCGACCUGCUCUACACGGUCAUGUUCAAGAACGUGGCGGCGGCCAGCGCGGAGCAGUGGCCGGUGAAGCUCGCCGAGUACAUACGGCACAACGACGAGGCGAACGCGAAGGCGGCCGAGCGGAUCGUGGCGACGCUCACCGAGGAGCUGCUGCCGUGCGGCUCGUUCGCUGAGUUCUGCGACGCGGCCGGCCUGCUGGCGGACGUGCCGCAGCCGGACGCGUUCCUGCGCGCGCUGCUCGACGGCCAGCCG